AUGAAUCAGAAAAAAGUUAGUCCCAGACGACUGCAGGGGACUUCGGAUGAGGUUAAGGGAAUUACACUAGAUGACUUUUCAAAUCAAAUACAACUGAAAGCUAUCCCGUCGAAUGAUGGUAGUCAAAAAUUUGAAUUAAAUUAUAUGAAUUCUAAUAAGUUGUCUAACGUUGCUAGUGUGACGCAGAAAAAGAGAAGGAGGGUCACUAGAGCUUGUGAUGAGUGUCGGAAAAAGAAGGUAAAAUGUGAUGGGCAAAACCCAUGCAUACAUUGCACUGUUUAUUCAUAUAAAUGUAGCUAUGAUCAACCUGUCAAGAAAAAUAACACCAAUCAUAAUACUAGUGGUUUCAGUAAAAAACUAAACCAAACUGUUACGUCUUCAAAUAACUCAUCAAAAAAAGUAAACUCGAGAGAGGGUCUUGGUAAAUCUACAUUAACGUUUGCAAAGACAAAUUUAAAUUCCAGUACGUCAUCUAAUAAAAGGAAAUCUAACUUGCUGAAAAAUUUGGAUGCAAAAGAAUUAAAACAAGCAAUUGACAAAUAUAAAUUUUUAUUGUCUGAUUUGUUCGAACAAUUGCCAGAUCCAGACUCGGUGGAUAUAGAAACGUUUGCCGCAUUAUAUAAUAAGAAUAAGAAUGAUGGGCUACGUUUGCAAUUUACUAGUAUUCUAAAUGAGACUUUAUCACAAUAUGGGCAACUACCCGAAGUGAAUAGUUCAAAUAAAAUUUCAAGUCAUGUCCCACCUUCAAUAACUCACUAUGAUGUUGUGGAAAAUAUAGACGAUUCAGCUCACAGCCAAAUAGGAAGGGAAAUAAAAAUAAUUUUACCACCCAAAAAUGUCGUUCUCCAUUUUAUAUCCUAUACUUGGGAAAACUGUUGUGUACUGUUCAGAUUUUAUCAUAGACCUAGUUUUUUGAAAAAGCUUGAUGCCCUAUAUGAGACCGAUCCAGAUGAUUAUACAGAAGAACAGAUAAAGUUUUUACCCUUGUGUUAUGCGACCAUCGCAGUUGGGAUUUUAUUUUAUGAAGACAAAAAGGAUAGAAAUUCAACCUCAAAAUUUUCAAAAGAUUUAAAUGUGGGGGCUACCUAUCUAGAUGAAAGUUUGAAAUCUAAAUUUAACGAAUAUAAGCUAAUUGAUGGUAUGGGCUCUGUUGAUGUUCAAAUGCGAUCAUCUCUGAUUCAGGAUGAAGGGUAUAAGUUUUUCAUUGCUUCAAGAAAACUAAUUGACAUGACAAAUGUAAGAGGAAGACAUUCCAUCCAGACAAUUAUUAUAUUAUUAUUUUUUUGUCAAUGUUCAGCAAGAUUAACUACCUGCUACUCAUAUAUUGGAGCUGCUCUAAGAGCUGCUUUAAAAGAAGGGUAUCAUCGAAGGGUAGACCCAAACAAUACCACAUUAAAUCCAAUUGAAAUUGAGAUGAGAAAAAGGAUUUUCUACACCAUAUAUAAACUUGACGUCUACGUUAAUUCCAUGAUGGGUCUUCCGAGAUCUUUAUCCGAAGACGACUUUGAUCAGGAAUUGCCAAUUGAAAUUUCAGACGAAUGUAUAACAGAAAAUGGAUAUCUCUCAGAACAAGAAGGCCAACAAUUAUCAAGCAUUAGCAUAGCAAAUUAUCACACCAAGUUAUACUUGAUUCUAGCAGAUAUCGUGCAGAGAUUAUAUUCCAUUAAGAAAAAAAAUCGUUCAAUAACAGAGAAUACCGUUAUAUCAUUAGAGAAUAAGUUGCGGAAGUGGGCAGAUAGUUUGCCCCACGAGUUAAAACCUGGAGCAGUCGAUGUCCCACAAAAAUAUGAGAGAGCUAACAAACUAUUACAUCUAUCUUAUUUACAGGUCCAAUUGAUUUUAUAUAGGCCAUUUAUCCAUUACCUAUCAAGGAAUUUGAGAGUUCCAUCAAAUAUAGGACCAUAUGAAAUUGCUAGGAAAUCAAUAGCGGUAUCUAGGAAUGUUAUGCAGUUGGUUCAACUACUCAUGUCGAAUAACUUAUUACCGGAUGCCUAUUGGUAUGGUGUAUAUACAGUUUUUUUUUCUAUUGCUGGUUUAUUAUAUUAUGUGCAACAAGUGCAUCCUACGAGCAAAGAAGAAGCACAAGAAUACUACGCCAUCGUCAAUGAGAUUGAAAUCGGUAGGAGCGUUUUACUAGAGCUGAAAGAUUCUAGUGCGGCAGCAAAUAGAACAUAUUGCCUAUUAAAUAGACUUUUUGAAAAGCUGAAUUUGAAAACAUUAAGUUUGGCUAAGGACCAUUCCGAUGACCAUAAUCUUGAUACUAACAUGAAAGAAAAGGAUGAAGUUAGUGGUCGCUUUGGAGCAAACCCUGAUAUAAAUAUAACAUAUUCUAAUAAGCUUCCUUCAUCUCAUAGGAUCUUUGAUUCUGAUUCUGCAAAAAAAAGUACUAAACAAGAGUCUCUUGAAAAUCUCAAUAUAAAUGAAUUUUCCUUACCAACAGAUAUGGAAUCUAAGCCUGACAAUCGUAUGCAUGGAAAUGUUUUUAAUUCUGAAGAAAUGAACAAUUAUCACAGAAAAACAGACGUUAAUUUUGAUAAUUUUCUUCAGAAUAUUCUUACUCAAAUGCCAUUUUCGAAUAACAGUAACGAUAUUUCAACAGAUUUUAAUGACCCAAUCAAUGAGUGUAACCCUAUUGAAUUAGAUUCGUUCAUUAAAGAUAUGUUUCAGAUUUAA